GGCGCUUAGGUGAAAAUCCGGCACUGGAUUCCGCUGGAUCGGCUCGCCGCGGUGAAGACGGAAGCGAUACGGAUUAAAACUAAAUCAAACAGAAGCAUCUUCCUCAUCUUCGGCAUGUAAAGCGAACACUGUAGAUGUGGAUAUACUGCUUUAAUAGUAGUGUUCCUGCGGUCUUGGUGCUUUAUCAAACAGAAACCGUUACAGUUACUGUUCUAGAUCCAGGCCGGGGUUUUGAAUACCUGAACACCAGCCGUUCUGGGCUAUGAAAAAGGACAUUUUCAAGUUACAGCCGGUCAGAGCGAGCCUUGUGGAAAGGGGGUGUGUUGAAAUUUGGCAAAGCUUCCUGUUCGUCGUUCGAAUAGCGCUGCUGAAUCUCCAUCAGGAGUUCUUCAAAGCAGUCGAGAAGAUACAAGGUGCUAAGAACGGAAAAUGGUACCGAAGACCAGGCUUGGGAAGCGUUCCCCACUGGGAACCCUGGUGUGUGGAUCCUCAGCGGAUGGCCUGACAGAAACAGGGCCCCAUGGAUGCCCGGAAAGUGGGCUUCACAGAAGCAAGCUUUACCCUGGACAGAAGGUGUACGUGCACUGCGGAGGACAAGAAUGUGGAGGUGUGGUCGAACAGCAUAACCACGUGGACAAUGAGGUUUCUAUCUUCCUGCCCCAGCUCAACCAGCACGUUCAUCGCAAGCUGGAAGAUGUGUGGACGUGCCCCGCGUCCAGUUCUACCUCCUCGGUCUCCUCGUCCAUUGAUGUGCCAAGAAGGAGUCCAGAGACAGUGGACAUGGAUGAGAUUAUGGCUGCAAUGGUGCUUACAAGUCUUUCGUGCAGUCCAGUCAUCCAACACACAGCUCCAGGGAGCGCAACUCCAGCUUUGUGUGGAAUGGAAAAUGCUGGUGGCGAAGUGUCUGAUGCUGGAUAUUGGAGCUGCGACCAUGGAAAUGGAAGCCCCGCCCCAUCCCCACCCAUCGCAGAGAUGGACAAGAGCGCCCCUCUCGUUGAUGAAGGCCUGGACAUGGAACUGGACCAAAUGUUGUUUAAUGAGCCAACGCCAAGAAAACGCAAGAACUCGGUAAAAAUUGCAUAUCGGUGCUUGUGGCCAAAUUGUGGAAAAAUACUGACCACAGUAGUAGGCAUCAAACGUCACAUCCGAAAUUCUCAUCUUGGACAAAGUGAUGAGCACUCCCAAAGGGAAGAAGACUUCUACUACACUGAAGUCUAUCAGGACCUGGAGCAGAAUGCUCCCCCUGGUGGCCACCGUCCCUCCUGCGCUUCCCCAUCCAGUCCCAGCCGGCACACGCCCCCUUCUCCCUCCACCCCGGAGAUGCUCCAGCCCAGCCCGCUCAGCCAGUCUGCCCCGGGCAGCUUCUGGCAGGUCCAUUCUGAGCACUCUUACCAGGCUCCUCCACCCGUUCAGGUUGUGACUCAGUGUAAACCAGUGUCUGUUCCUGUGUCCUGUCAUUGGACUCCAUCUCUCACAGUUCACCAGAGCAAACAGGGCUCACCAUUCCGCCGUCGUUCAGUUAGUGUUGGUGAACAGUGGCUCCAGAAUAAUAACGCCACCUUCAGGCCACAUCCUGCCAGUGUUUCACCUCCAAGAAACCAUUGCACUUCCAGGAGGAUUCGGGGCGAUGCCAAGAAAUGCAGGAAGGUGUACGGCAUUGAACACCGAGACCAGUGGUGCACCGCCUGCCGCUGGAAAAAGGCCUGUCAGCGAUUCCUCGACUGAAUCCUUCUUGAGAUUGAUGGAAACAGAACACUAACCUUGAGUCCCACAAGAGUGGAACUUAUCUGGAACUAUGGUUGGAGGAAACCAAAAGAGCACCUUUGUGACUUAAAACUUUUUCUACUUUUUAUCACGAUUACGUGUUUUGUUUUUUAUUAAACGUGCUAAGGAACUAUGUCGGUGCUGGAAAAAUUAAAAAGCAAAAAGGACAGCCUCUGCCCCACAACUCCUGCAGUCUUCCUGCAUCUUAUCAUAUCAAGAACUGAUGAAGUGUGACCUUCCUUUUACAUGCAGUAAACAGCCAUAUACUUAAUGUAUAUGUAUAUUGUUCAAUGUGGUUUAAACAUACGGAUGGAAAGUUUACCUAUCAUUCCGACUUAAUAGCUGAAAUGAGACGGGAGAGAGGUCUUUACUGCGGCUCAUUGCUUUCAGGGGCAAAAUUGGCAGCUUAUGGUUUAUUGUAGAUUAACAAAAGAAACCAGAAUAAAUGUUUCAGCAUCAUAUAACGUGUUAAUGUAUGCCAUGUUUACCUGCUGAUAAGCAGUUUUUUUUUUUUUUCCUUCAAUUUCCAGGGCAAAGUUUUGUAAAACAAAGUUUUGAAAAGGAAAAAGGAAGAAAACAGGAUUUUGUAUUACAAUUUUGAUAUCUGUGAUGUGUGUUAAAGCCUACGUCAUGUCAUUAUCUGUGUAUAUGUCACAGGUUAUACUUCUGUGGAAUAAGAUGAUUCACUUUUCUGUCAUGUCAAUAUUAAGGAAGUAUUUGUGUAAACAUGCAUGAUCCGAUACAAUUUAUUCAUUUACUUUUGUGCUUCUCGCCCCAGUCCGCUCACUUGCUGUUUGUUUGUUUGGUCUGUGUUCUUGCCAAAGAAAAUCUCAGCAAGAUAAUACAUCGUAUACAUCUCUGCAAAAUAAUGUGAAAAGUAUCUGUUGACCAUUUAUGAGAAAAUUGUAACCAACUGUUUGAUUGGUUCAUAUUCUUAAUACUGGGUCCAAAUAUUUUCUUAUUUCGAAUAAGACUUCAACGUGUCAUCUUUUUCGUUUUCAUGUGUAGCUCAACUCUAAUUAUUUUUGCAAAGCUUGAUGCUUUGACAUCAUUAAAACUGAAUGUACCUUAUCCUGAAGAUCUCCGUAAGUCUUUAUGCAUUUCAGUGUCGCAGUGAAAGGACAUCCUAGCCUGAGAGACAUUCAAUGAACCUCAUGGAGAACAAUCUUUUUGUAUAUUUUUGUAAAGUACUUCCAAAGUAUUACCUUUUAUGAAAAGUCAUUAAACUAUCUGAGAUCUGUUCAAGAUACAAGUAGAAUUUCCUUUCAUGAAACUUAUGUUGCUUCAUGCCUUUUUUAAAUAAACUUUUGUGCAAACAAGUAUGACCUACA